GAAACAGGUGUCAAGGUACCAAUAAAUUGUAUGAUCGCUGGUUAUAAAGUAGUGGAAAACUAGAAAAGGAAAUUUUCGUAUUAUAUCACUACUAAAUUGUAAUCACCAAGAGAAGCAGCGCGAGCUGCUAAUCUAAACCCAAGAAACUUGCCCACUUGUCAGGUACUUGCAGGUUCCGUAGGGACCUCUUCCUCUAGCUUGUGUAGUCGUUUAAUUGCGAAUUUCGGUGGGGGCGUAUUGACCAGCGACCCGGAAACAAGAUUACGUCCCAAACUGAUACUGGCCUCCUCAAUGCAAGUUGACCAUUACGCAGGUUCAGGGGAACAAAAAAGAGCGCUGUGAUCGCGUUCUGACUGAUUUCAAAAAGGAAUGCCGCAGCAGACAAAGCGAGGCCAGCGAAAAGGAUAAAGAAAGCGUCCCACUCAACACGUGCACUCAUCGAUGAAGUGUUGUUUAGGCGUACAUGGCCCUGUGCCAUUUCCCACCUAAGAAAACAUAAAAAGCACAUCAUUAUCACAACGUUCCUUUUGGCCAUUCCAAAAAAUAAAAAAUAAAAAAAUAAUCGAUGCAACACGUUAGAUUAUUACUUGUGUCUUGGACUGGCACUUGCAAGUGUUUGAUUAGCGCUCACAUCUGUUUCUACGGGGAGCCAAAAGUAAUAUUAUUUUGUACUAAUUUGUACUAAUUUGUGGACAAACAUUUACUCUAACAUCAAGAGUGGACGCGCUAUGGCCAGAGAUGCUCAUGCUUACCAGUCCUGUUUGAUCCAGUGGCCCAGGAUGCCGCUGCUGUGCAGACGCAGUAUGACUUUGUCAAGCAUAGGUAGCAGGGGAUAUGCCUUUCUCGCGUAGAAGACCGCCUGCUGAGGUGGUAGGGUGCUGGAGAGCCUGUGGGUGCAAGGCGGCAGACACUGUAGGGAUAAGGAUUUUGUUGGUAUAAGAAAAGUAACUCUACUAUACAAUUAUUAAUGCAAACCCCGCUCCAAAUUUAACCUCUCGGCUUGGCAAAAUUACAAUACGAAGGUUGUGUACAGAAAGGUAACAGUUAGCGCGUGGCACUAAAGAAACUGAUGACCCUGAUGGACAGGGGGACACUGAGGGAUUGUCCUUCACCGAUCCCCAGAAGUCCCUCCAGAUUUUGUUGUCCCUCUGCUGUCCUUGAGACAAUCCUUGUGAUAAUCCUGGCGAAAUUCUGUGAUAUUUAUGAUAUCUGAAGUCCCUGGGUUUUCACCGCCUUGCCUGUAUUCAGAGUCCACCGCAAACCACAUCCCUGGAGGAUCCUAGGGAAUUACUCCCUCAAAAUACCUGGAGAUUAUUCUCACUGGUGGAUCCCUGCAAAUACCUGAGUGGUCCCUAUUAAAUCCUCACCCAACAUCUCCAGGUAUUUGCGGGAAUUAACUGUAGACAUCCCUCAAAAACCUCCCUCAGCAGUCCCUACAGAAUUUCGCUUACUGAUUUUCUAUGGGCCCGCGGAAAACAUUCUAGAAUCCUAUCCCUGUAGUCCUCCAUUACAUCCCUGAGGAUUACCGGGAAAUAUCCGGAGGCAUCAUCCCACAUCAGUCCCUGCAGAAUCCCCAGCUAAAACGCUAUUACCCUCACCCCCUCGAGUGGGCGGUGCGAUACGCACUUUACUCCGGGGUGGGCCACCUGUUUCACUUUGCUGCGCGGCGGGCUUGUCUACCGAGUCCGUGACAGGCGCCAGCAAAAGUUAACCCGUACGUGAACCGCUAGAGCGACCAACACUUGUCAAUGAAUGUCAAAUGUCUAUCUAAAUAGACAUUUAAAUAUCUUUUAAGUAUAUCACUUUCACACAUUCAUAGAUGUUGAUCGCUGGCGGAUGCCUCAGAAGAAGACUCGCAUUUCAAAUUGAAAUUCCGUUUUACAAGUUAUGGAAAAAUAAACUUAAAACAAAAUUGUAAUCAUGUGUAAUAAUUGGUUAUUUUGUUGAGACGAAACUCUGAUUAAAAGGGAAAGUGGGGUGUGGGAGGGAAAGGAAGGAGGAAGAGACCAAGUGCGACCAGUGCCUGUCCACUCGGAUGGCCAGCCGACAGGGAGCGCUGGCGGGAAGCUGCGGGCCAGGUGCAUCCUGGCUCACUUCACUCACUCUGUCAAAUGGUCAAACGGGGCUGACAUGGCAACUGUAUCAAUGUAGGACCGAUCGUCUCUGCGAUCUCAUGUGCAAGGGAAAAGCUCUUGAAUUCUCUGUCGAUUUAAAAAAAAGGAGAAGUUCAAGUUCAUUCCACCAGAGUGGAUUUCAAUAAUGAUAAGAAUAAUGCUCCACUGCUCGUGGACCUACAACUGCGACAAGUGCGAUUUCGACUCAGUGAGGGCAAGGCUCAUCAAACAUACUUCAAAACUAAGGAAUGAAUUGAAGUCGCAGAUUUUGAACAGCCUGACUGAUGAAGAGAAGGUGGUGCACAAGGAAAUGUUGAAGAGCAUCAAGAAGGGCAGUGGAGAGGGUGAGAGUGAUUUGGAAUACUCAGUUGCUGGUACAAAUACAAUAAUUGGCAGCAGUUCAGAUUCAGAGGACAGUUCAGGUUCAGAGGACGUUGAUGAGGAAGAGAAGGAUGAAGAAAAGGAUGAAGAGAAGGAAGAAUACAACAUAUGUCCUCCUUGUUUUACGUAGGGCCCCGUGCGUUAACAUUAUGCACGGGGUAGCUGAGCGAAGUGCAUUAAUAUAACAGAAGACGUAACAAAUAUAGAACAAAACUAUAAUGAAUGAGGGUCCGCCUAGUAGGUAGGCAACCGAUUCUGCUCCUUGAACGUGAGAGAUGGGGGGAGGGACCAGCCGGACCUUAAACCACGGCCUGGUCUGGUUGGGUCGCUGUAUUCAACUAGAGUUCAAAUCCCUUGCACCUCUCUCUCUACAACAGGCACUUUUAGUGUGUAGUGAACUUGAUUAAUUACUAUGCAGUAUAACAGAUUUGGAAGUCCACUAGAAAAGCUUGAUACUGGGAAGCCUGGUUUCUAUUCAUCAAAAUGCAUGGUUGAUUUGUUUUGGUAAACACACAACUGUAACAUCGGCUGGAGAAAGAGGGGGGUGGGGGCUUAAAUUUAUGCGUUCCCGAAGUUCACAUACAGAACAUGUCUGCUACUGUCCCUUCCUAUCCCCACUGCCCUCCCCCUACUCAAUUUACCCUUUUCUGUAAUGCCACAUGAUGCUUGAUGCCUCCCAUUUCAUUCAAUUCAUUUUAUUUGUGAAAGUUGAAAUUCUAUUGGGUUGCCUCUGG